AUGGCGUCGUCCUUCCUACCACGCGCUGUCCACUUCGUCAAGGAAAACGCGGUCUGGCCUGGGUGCCUCAAUCUCAUCGUGGGUCUAGUACUCGUCACUGGCCUCGCUGUGUCCUUCAAGUUCGUCCAGAACUACUAUUCCUCUCCCCUCAAGUCCUUCCCAGGCCCUCUGUGCACCAACUUCACCGACCUCUGGCGCUAUUUCAAGACAGCUGGUGGAUCUGUCCAUCUAGUGCACGCUGACCUGCAUCGUAAAUAUGGGCCUGCUGUCAGAGUAGGGCCAAAUGCACUGAGUCUCUCGGAUCCUUCGCUUUUGAAGCUGGUCUACAACACCAAGAAUCCCUGGAAGAAGAGCAAUAUGUAUAAGGUGCAGGAGUCAGUGCGUCCAGAUGGAACUUCUCAGCCCAAUCUGUUCUCGACAUCAGAUGAAAAGUGGCAUGCAACGGUCAUGAGACCAGUCAGCUCAUAUCUCUCCUCCAAUAAAAGCGUGCUGAGUGUAGAGAAGUUCCUGGAUAAUUCCAUCGCCCUGUUGCUCAGAAUCCUGAAUGAGAAGUUUGUAAACACAGGACGGCCAUGUGAUAUUGCUGAUUGGUUCGUGAGAUUCUCCUGGGAUGCUAUGGGCGAUACCACUUUUGGUGCUCCCCUUGGGUUUCUCGACGGCUCUCUCAAAAAUUCAGAAGUGCUUCUACGUGACUCGGAUCGCGACUUUGAUUAUUUCGCCAAGACAUCACAAAUGCCAUGGCUCCACUACAUUCUGAAAACGAACAGAAUUGCGCGAGCUCUGCGUGCACCACAGCUCGAGUGGGCAGUCAAUCUCAGCUUCGGACAUUACAGCAAACGCCUCCAAAUGCGAACGCAGCAGCAGAAUGAAAAGCCAGAGACUAAAAUUCAACACGAUUUCCUCGACAAAUACCUCGAAGCACAGCAAAAGUACCCAGAGCUCAUCGACCACGGCCAAAUGAUCGGCUAUCUGUUGACAAACACCGUAGCCGGAAGUCACCCAGCCGCAUACACCCUUACUGCUCUGGUAUACUACGUCCUCAAGACCAAGGGCGUAUACGAGAAGAUCGGUGACGAACUUGCAUCUGUCGGUUUACUUGGCUUUUCCGAGCCAGUCAGCUACAAGCAAGCAAAAAGUCUCGUGUAUCUCGAAGCCGUGAUCCGUGAAGCAAUCCGCAUCCACCCCGGCUUCUCCCUCAUUCUGGAACGCGAAGUACCCGCAGAACUAGGAGAAUCCGGAGAAAAAGGCAAUGGUCAUAGCGGCCUCGUACUUCCAGACGGCAGAUUUGUCCCAUCCGGCACUAUUGUUGGGAUGGAUGCAUGGGUCAUCAAUCGUAACGAGGAUAUAUUCGGACCAAACCCCGACUCAUUUGUCCCCGAACGCUGGCUCCCGUUUCACGAUGAAAGACGUGAUUUUGCUGAAUAUAGACUAAAGAAGAUGUUCAACACCGUGCUCUCAUUCGGUAUGGGAGCACGGAUCGAGCUCGUGAAUCCCGACAAAGAGAUGAAAAUCACCAAUUCCUGGACUCUGCGUACGGAGGAUGUGGAAUUGGUCCUGCGCCGCAACCAAUCUAAUGCGAAAGUGAGACAAGCCCUGUGUUUGAAAUGA